UGAAAUAAUGGCUAAAUUUCAACGUUUUCUAUUUGUAGCGUCUUUUUUAGUGAUAAAUGCCUCAUUCAUAAAUGGCAUAGAAGUUGGAAAAGAUACCGUAUCAUUUCUUCAAAACGAAUAUUCACUUACCAUAGCCAGAACAUUUUAUAAAAACUCUACUGUGACAAUCAGAAUAAAACAGUGCCAUCAUAAUGUGUCAUUGUUUUUGAACAUUAAUGUCAAGAAAGUUUCUUGCUUGCCCAACAACAUCUCAUCUCAAAUUGAAGAAUAUCAAGUUGGCAAAGAUUGGAAUGGUAGAUUAGAAUUUAAGUGUCCACAUGCAGACGAAGAUUUGCUGACUUGCUUUCCAGAAACAAGUGUCUACAUAAUAACGAUGAAAUUUGAGGCUAUCACUGACACACUGCAGCUGGAAUACAAAGGAGACCAUGGCUACCUCAGCCCUCAAGACUGGCCCCUCCUACCUUUCUAUGCAGUGAUGUGUGUGUUGUAUUCGCUGUAUGCCUUCGUGUGGCUGGUGUUGUGUUGCUGCUAUUGGAAGGAUCUGCUGAGACUGCAGUUCUGGAUUGGAGGUGUCAUUCUCAUGGGUAUGCUGGAAAAAGCCAUGUUCCUCGGUGAAUAUGAUACAUUUUCCAAAUAUGGAGAAACCACUGGUAGCUUGCUAAUAGCAGCUGAAUUCAUAUCGAGUUUGAAGAAGACAGUGUCAAGAAUGCUCAUUAUCAUUGUGUCGUUGGGAUUUGGGAUCAUAAGACCACGCCUGAGCACGACAUUGAACAAAGUGACGUUGGUUGGUCUGCUCUUCCUCGUCUGCAACUUUGCAGAAGCUCUCUGCUCCAGGAUAUAUCAGAAACCUUCAUUCAGCACCUCAUCAUUGGUUGUCGUCACUCUUCUGGUCAUCACAGAUGCCGUCAUCAUGAUGUGGAUUUUCACUAAUCUUGUCAAGACCAUCCGCUUAGUCACAUUAAAGAAGAAUAUUGUCAAACUGACACUUUACAGACAUUUCCGCAACGUCCUCAUAUUCUCUAUUUUAGUCUCCGUGGUAUUCGUCGUCUGGUCCACAAUUAGACAUCGGUCGAAGGAUUGUGUCAGUGACUGGUCUGAACAGUGGUGGGAAGUUGCGUUCUGGCACCUGCUCUUCUGCAUCAUUCUCCUGGCCAUCAUCAUCCUCUGGAGGCCAGCCGCCAACAACCAGAGAUAUGCUUACUCACCUUUGUACGAUGGAGAGGAUGAAGAAGAUGGUGCUUGUGAUGAUGAUGGUAACGAAGGAUUUGGAGUGAAAAAGCUUAAAAGGUCUCACUCUGAGAAGACUGGGAAAGAGGAUGACGACUUGAAGUGGGUUGAAGAGAACAUACCCAGCUCUAUGAUUGACAAUGUCCUGACAAAUUUGAUCGAAUCCGAGGAAGAAAUCAACCAAAACAGAGUGGAGAUGAACAAGAUGCUCUAACUGCAAAGACUGCAGAUUCAUCCGUUGCUUCAUUCUUUUAUUUUUUCAAUCACUAAAUUCGUUUGAAAAUUGGUCACUUCAAAUUUACUGAAAAUUCGAGAUUUUCAUCUGAUUUCCAUUUGUAUCAAUCGUGACGUUGAAUUAGCUCAACGUCUCGAUUUUCUAAUCCACUCAUCCACCUCAUCCUCCUCGAUGCAUGAUAAUUAAACAUCAUGUUGCUUCCUUUUACUUUUUCGGAUUUUGUUUUAAUAAUUUAAAAUUUAUUGAAGACGAUUUGAUUGACACCGCAACUAGAAUGAUUAUUAUAAAUAUUCUAGUUACGACUUGAAAUUAAAUUUGAAAACAACAAAUAUUUAUUUGUGUGCCAGGAGUUGGCUUGCUUCUUCCUUCUGAAAAUGUAUGUUGAACAGGCUUUGCAAAGUUAUGACCAUUACUUUUGGUCAUUACUUUUUUACGUCCGAAAUGUGUUAACGAGCACAACAGUUCUUUAAUGUUUUGGGUUUAAUUUUUCGGUUAUCUUUUUUACAGUUUUCAUUUUGCUACGCUGAAUCAUUCCACAAUUUAUUUAUUUUGUCUGCAUUGUUAAAUUUAAUGGAUUGCUAAUUUCGUUGUAGAAUUCAUUUUAAUUUAUCUAACUGGUGUUAGUCUCUUUAAUAAUUCACUUGGUAUAAAUGUUGUAUUACUUUUAAAUAAAUUUUUUUAUUCGAGU